AUGUCUGGUAACGGUCUUCCUACGGUGCUUGCGGUGGGCACGGGCGAGUACACCACGGGCUUUGUGGGCAACUCGCAGUCGCCCUCGGACAAGAAACUCGGCGUGGUGGGUCUGGUGAUGUUCGACCUGCGUCGUCGCGGGCUCAUCGCACCGGAGAUCAAGAUGGUCGGAACGAACGGUGACAAGUUUGCGGGCAUUCGCGAUCACUUUAAGCGCAAUAUCGAGCACAAGUAUCGCGAUCUCUCCACCGCCUUUACCUCCUACCCCGAGGCUGGCGUUCGUGACGCGGAUGCAUACAAAGCGGCGAUUGACUCGCUUGCGCCCGGAGAUGCGAUUACCAUCUUUACGCCCGAUUCGACGCACUUUGACAUCGCCAUGUACGCGAUCCAACGCAAGAUCCACGUGCUGGUCACCAAGCCCGCCACACAAACGUUGGAACACCACCAGAAGCUGGUCGAGGCAGCCGAGAGGCAGGGCGUGCUGUGUAUGGUGGAACAUCACAAGCGGUUCGAUCCGGCGUAUGCGGAUGCAAGGGAGAGGGCUAGGGCGACGUUGGGCGAUAUGAACUACUUCUACUCGUACAUGAGCCAGCCCAAGAACCAGCUCGAAACGUUCAAGGCCUGGGCUGGGCGCGAUAGCGAUAUUUCGUACUACCUCAACUCGCACCACAUCGACGUGUGUCUGUGGAUGACAGCGGGUCGUGCGCUCCCCCUGCGCGUCACCGCCUCGGCAUCCCAAGGUAUCGCCACCUCCGUAGGCUGCGUUGCCGGAACCGAAGACACCAUCACCCUGCUUGUUGACUUUGCCAUCAUCGAUUCGGACGGCAAGGCACAGCAGGGAAAGGUGGCCACGGCCGUGUUUACAGCCAGCUGGUCCGCACCCCAGGGAGCAGGUGUGCAUUCCGAACAGCACUUCCACUACGUAGCCUCCAACGGCGAAACGCGCAUCAACCAGGCCCGACGCGGAUACCAGUUCACCCAAGAAGACCCUGCCCAGGCUGUCACCGGUGGAAGCUGCACCGACUUUAACCCGUUCUACAUGCGCUAUACCCCGGAUGCAGAGGGGUACUUUGCAGGUCAGCACGGAUACGGCUAUCUGUCGCUCGAGAACUUUGUCACCGCCUGCACGCGCAUCAACCGCAACGAACGCCCCGCCUCGCAUUACGAUACCGUCCUGCCUACCAUCAGAGACACCGUGCUUACCACCGCCAUCCUCGAAGCUGGCCGCAGGAGUCUCGAUACCAAGUCGACCGUCAACAUCGUCCUCAACGACGGAAAGUUUUCACUCCAGUAA